UACGUUUUCUUUAUCUGUGUUUUUUUAGUGAGGUUUGUUAAUGAAUGUCUUCGUUUGAAAGUUUAGCGCGCAUCAACAAACACCAAGCCUUGUGCAUCUCAUGUAAAGAUGUGUGUUUUUAAGUUCGCUACGGAACAUACAAGGUAGUGGUCAAAAAACCAGACAAUGUCAAAGAACAGAUACCUGGACAAGGACGAGUAUAGUGAGAGGGGCCGUUCUCAAGACAAAGGAGGAUCUGAAAAGAGAGAAUGGGAAAGAGCAAGAGAUGGGAGGAGAGACAAAAGGGAUGAGAGAUACAGGGAUGAGAAGGGCUCUGCCAAUGACAGGAGGGGCAGAGGGAAGGAGUUCUCGGACAGACAUCAGGAUAUGAGACCCCACUCUCACAAGGACCGACCGCCUGACCACAGACCCAGUAAUAAAGAAGGACAGCAGAGAACGUACACAGAACCCUCAGUUUCUCCCUCCGAAGUGGAAUACUAUGAGCCACCACACAGACAGUCUCUUUACAACCUCAGAUACACCUUAACCACCAGAGGUCUGUGCCAGAUAAUGGAGGUCUUUGUAAACCUGUUGAUAGUUAUCUGCUCAGGGGUGAACUACAGUAACACUGGAGUUUACCGGGACCUGGCCAGUCUCGGAGGCAUAUACCAAUACUACUUUGGAGGAGCUCAGGCUUUCACUGGAGCCGAAGCAGACCGUGUGAAGGAGCUGGACCAGCUGUUUAACCAGUUGAAGCUGCCCCCAUACAUCUUCAGCAUGGCCUGUGGAGGGGCUCUGAUGGCCUAUGCCUGCGUGAUGCUGGCUUUGGGUGUCCUAAGAAUCCCUUAUCGCUGGCCCCCUAUGCUGCUGGCUGAGACACUGAUGAACCUCGUCGUUGGUCUGGGCUAUAUCCCUGCCCUGGCCUUUUACUUCAUCAAGCUGCAGGAGACGUACGACAGCCCCGUCUGCAAGGAGAGGGAAGCGCUCUACAAAAGCAAAGGUCAUCAGGGCUUUGAGUGUUCAAUGAAUGGAGCAGACAUCGCCGGAGGCCUCUUCGGGGCGCUUGGGGUCAUUGUCUUCAUGUUCGGUACAGUUUUGGCUAUCCGUGCUUUUAGGGCAGUGCGAGAGACUAAGAGACAGAGAGCAAUGGAAGAUGAUAACUUAUAACAGGGUUCCCUCCACAGUGUGAAAUACAGUAACUGAUACAAAUAGAGUUGAGAUCAAACUAGGUCAAGCAGUGAUAAAUGCUAGUGCCUGCCUUUUAUAUGAACUGUGAUUUUGCAAUCUAGCGCUUUUUUUAAUCGAAGAACGUUUGUUUUUAUUGUAGUGAUGUUUUUGUUUUGAUGAUUUUUUUUUAAAUGUCUUCAAAACCACACACUUGUUUUCCUUAAUGUCAUUGCUGGGACUCCUGCACUG